AUGGGCCCAACCUCAUGGGAACUCGUCGACGACGACAUUGUUAGAUUCAUGGACUUACAUUGUCAAGAAAUGCGGCGCGACCUCACUUCUCGCCGCCAGCUGUCCUUCCACUACGAAGAGGCCAGACAGGCCGCCCUUGAACAACUUUACAAAAUGGACCUCCCUCCAGACGAGGUAACCCCGAACGUUUUCAUUCUUUAUGUCGGCAUGCUCGCAUACGAGGAGUACUAUCCUGGUGCACCAAGCCCUUUCCUUGACCGGCUCGACCAAGAGUUUCAAAAGGCCCGCAGUACUCUACAUGCGAAAGAUCCUACUCACCAAAUCGCGGCAGAGUAUGCUGUCUUCUAUAAACAACGCCUCAAGGAAGCGCAGAGACACACGCAUGAAGCCAGAAUGGGACACUUGCAACACUCAAGGGCGAUCGAUCUAGCCCGCCUCCCGGAUGUGGAUGCUGCAUCUGUUGGAUCAUCACGACAAUCCGAGGACUUGGCCAAACAGAUGGUCCAGUUUGCGGCGAGUGAUCAUCCACCGUCCUUGUUUGGCACCCCGUCAACCUCGUCAGCCUCCAGGCCGGGCGCGGAAUAUUUCCACGCCAAGGAGUCGCUGUCAGUUGCCCCCGCUGUCACACAAACGACCAAGGCGCCAAAUCGUGUGGCCAUGCCCAGCAUUGCCGCUCAAAAGCAGCAAACCCAAGGGAACAAAUCGUCUACGCCACCUCCAAGACCCCAGGCGGUUGCUUCGCCAAGUGCUACCAGGCCUGGCCCCAAGCAGCCCUCUGUGGCACCUUCAAGUCCCCCGGCCCCAAUCCAGGAGCCGUCGCUGUUUUCAUCACAGCAAGGUCCCGACAUGUUUAGGCCACCUUCCAACCCCAAGGUGGUUGCUCCGUCAAGCUCUAUCAAGCCUGGCGUCAAGCAGCCUCCUGUGGCACCUUCAAAUCCCCCGGCCCCAGUCAAGGAGCCGUCGCUGUUUUCAUCACAGCAAGGUCCCGACAUGUUUAGGCCACCUUCCAAACCCAAGGUGGUUGCUCCGUCAAGCUCUAUCAAGCCUGGCGUCAAGCAGCCUUCUGUGGCACCUUCAAGUCCCCCGGCCCCAAUCAAGGAGCCGUCGCUGUUUUCAUCACAGCAAGGUCCCGACAUGUUUAGGCCACCUUCCAAACCCAAGGCGGUUGCUUCGUUAAGCUCUGUUGAGCCUGGCGUCAAGCAGCCUCCUGGGCCACCUUCAAAGCCCAAGGCGAUUCCCAAGGCAGUGUCGUCAGUUGACGUCGACGGCGCAUUCCAGGUGGUAUUUCCGCCACGCACAACCCCCACACGCUGGGCCGACGAGGAGUCAGAUGGCGCUGAUGAGGCAGUUCCACAGCAGGCCACCGAGGUCCACAAGGGUUUGUCGGCGUCCAGGCAUGCACCGCCUGCUAGGAAGCAACAGACCAAAGACACGCAGGCCAAAUAA